UGAGUGGCGUCACUUCCUGUCCGGCUUGACUUCCUGUGCCGCUUCCUACCUCGUUCUCUCUUUGCUGCCAGACCUCCGCCAUCAUGGGUCGCAUGCACGCUCCCGGGAAGGGCCUGUCCCAGUCGGCGCUGCCCUACCGCCGUAGCGUCCCGACGUGGCUGAAGUUGACGUCGGACGACGUGAAGGAACAGAUUUACAAGUUGGCCAAGAAAGGCCUGACUCCCUCCCAGAUAGGUGUGAUCCUGAGGGACUCGCACGGUGUGGCACAGGUCCGUUUUGUGACUGGAAAUAAAAUCUUGAGAAUCCUCAAGUCCAAAGGCCUUGCCCCUGACCUCCCUGAGGAUCUCUACCAUUUGAUUAAGAAAGCGGUUGCUGUCCGAAAGCACCUUGAGAGGAACAGAAAGGAUAAGGAUGCUAAAUUCCGCCUGAUUCUGAUAGAGAGCAGAAUUCACCGAUUGGCUCGAUACUAUAAGACUAAGCGGGUGCUCCCGCCCAAUUGGAAAUAUGAGUCGUCCACAGCCUCUGCUCUAGUGGCAUAAAUGCUGUUGUGUGCACAACAAUAAAUUCACUUUGAGUAAAUUCA